AUGGCUUCCUCUACCGUUAAUGUUGUCCGGUAUACCGCUCUUUUGACCGGUGUUUUCUAUGGCAUCACGCAUCGCCGGACACUCCAGAAGACACACGACGAGGAGUUGAAGCACCAUGCGAUCCACGAGCGGGAACAUCUGAUCGCCCAGGCUAAGGAGGCAUGGAAGAAGCAGCAGGAAGGUUCCAAGGAUGGUGUUAUAACAGAUCCGGAGGAUCCUGGAUUCGACCUGGAAAAACUGAUCGCGAAGUGGGAGAGCGAGUCGAGUUGA